AUGGAGGCGGCUGUCAAGCGAGAGGCACUGGCACUGGCACUGGCACUGGCACUGGCACUGGCACUGGCGGCAACAGUGGAGUACAUGUACGCUGCCCUACCAUCAUCCACCAGAGCACCUCUGCAGGAGGCAGUCUGUUCUGCAGUGCUGGUGGGGCACACGCAGAUGCACAAACGACCAGACGGCACGGCCUCGCCAGAAGAACAUGCUCAGAUCAUCGUCAUGUUGGACGACAGAAGGGAUGAGAUGGGAUGGAUGGACGAUGAGGCCAGAAGGCCCGUGAACGAUGCGACGUUACACACACAGAGGUACAUGUCCCUUACCUGUACCUCUGAUCCUACCGUCAGCCAAGCUAAACAACAGCGAACGGCUGUUCUAUCAUGCAUGACUCAUGCAAGAGAAGGCCUGCCUGAGAGAACCUGA